GGAGGAAGAGGCCUACAGGGGUCCCAACCCAUCCAGUUAUGUGGUGGCCACAUAAAAGUUUCAGCUCUUUCCCACAGAGCUGGCCCCUUAACGUUUAAACCUUUAAUAGAUUCUGAGCAACAAGAUUUGAACCAUGGAAAACGCCGACCCCCCCGUUGUCCCUGAAGGCGACGAUGUCGUGAUGACAGAACAAGAAGAAACCACUCAGUACCCAAUUACACCCACCAGAGGUAGAAAGAGACGUGCCCCCGACACUCCCGAUGGCGCCGAUACUCUUAAAUUAGCCAAAGACACCACAUUGGUUUCGGCGUCUAAACCUUCGCCUCGCCAAAGAUUUGCACUUAGGUGCAUCAACCUCGGAGGCCCCUUUCAGUCACGAUGGACAUCGACAUGUCUUGAGAAGUAUGGAGUCAAAGAACCUCACUCGGAGUUCGGCAUCAGACUUCAGAUCUAUCGUUCUUCGGUUUCGUUGGAGUCCUUGCCUCUCGCAGAAGAGUCAUGUACUCAUCUCUUCACUGCUCGCUCAGUGUUACCCGCAGUCUCAAGCGCAGCGCAUUUUGCCGUUGCUCUGCUUCCACUGCUCGUGUCACUGACCAGAUGCGCUGCACUUGAUACUGCUCACUGCACAGUUGAUCGCCACUGCUUGCCAGGCCUCGCCAACUUUAUACGAGGCCUUGCUCCUCUGUCUUCCUCGAAGGACAUCAUCUCUGCCCGUUGCCGCCAUAUUUCGCGACAUAGAAGCGUCAGACAUUCCCAAUUCACUCGUCAUCGUUGUCCUUGCCUCUCGCAGAAGCUUUGUGUACUGCUUGCUCGGCUCGCCUCUGCUUAUUUUGCUGCUGCCUGGCGUAUCAUUAUUCGCCUCACUUUUGCUCAUCCGGUCACUGCUCACGUUGCCUCACCUCCAACUCAUUUGAGCUCUACUCGUCCAACUUAA